UGAUAGUCUUCUCUUCAGAGUCUUUCACUCUUGAGCUGAGCUGCGUUCAACUUUCAUCACCGCAGUCUACAGAGGCGCACGUUAAGGUGCUCAAGAGAGACGCUUUUGCUAAAACACGACGGUAUUUGAGAAACCAUGCUUAUCCUGCACACCUGCGCGCCUGUUCUUCAAAGUCCCAACACUUCCUUAUCCUUAUUUCCCAGCAGCACAAGCCCCUUCCCGCCAUUUUGUACAGUUAAGCUUCCAUUUCGGAGCUUUUAUGCACAGCCGGGCCAGCCCAGGAAGUCUGUGUUUGUGGCUAAAGCGGGUCGAGGCCUAAAGUUGAAGACAGAAAAAGUGAGUGAAGGAGAAGACUAUAAAGAACAUGACUUUAUUGAUAUAGAGGCUGAAGUUGAAGCUGAAUCUGAAGAUAGAUUUUCAGGCCGAGGUGGGUUCACAGGGAGAGCGGAAGAAAAGGACUUUGAUCGAGACCCUGAGUUUGCUGAAAUUAUGGGUGCUUGUCUUGAUGACCCACAAAAGGCUAGGUCCAAGAUGGAAGAUAGGUUGAGGAAGAAAAGGAACAAGAUAUUGCACACAAAGUCUGGUUCAGGUGUACCCAUGAAUGUGACAUUCAACAACUUUGGUUUCUCAAACUCAUAUAUAUGGUUUGAAUUCUACAACACUCCAUUGGAACAAGAUGUUUCCUUGAUCUCUGAUACCAUUCGAUCAUGGCACAUCAUUGGACGCAUGGGUGGAUGCAAUUCCAUGAAUAUGCAAUUGUCACAAUCUCCUUCGGAUAAAAGACCGAGUUAUGAUGCCAUUCAGGGAGCAAAUGUAACACCAACUACAUUUUACAAUAUUGGAGAUCUUGAGAUUCAAGACAACUUAGCACGUGUUUGGGUGGAUAUUGGCACCAGUGAACCGUUGCUACUGGAUGUUCUAAUAAAUGCAUUGACUCAGAUAAGCUCCGACUUUGUUGGAAUCAAGCAAGUGGUGUUUGGUGGGUCUGAAUUUGAAAACUGGAAGGAGAACUUGACAUCGGAGGAUGCGGGUUACAGUGUUCACAACAUUUAGCCAAUUUGUUGUGCACCCAAGAUUUAUAUAUUAUGCUCAGCGUCUGAUGAUUGAAGGUCUCAGACUGGGUACAAGGAACGGUCAAGAUUAGAGAUGCUGGCGUAAAGCCAAAUCAAUGAUAAAUUUCGGGUCGUGUACCUCAUGUUUUGAUCCUAAGAGAUGCAUAUGGACUACUGCUGAAGGGGGAAUAUAAGGGAACUAAAAUGGGAGCCAUUUUCAACCCAGUAAUUUAGCAUGCAAAGGAUCUCCUUAUUUUCCCAUUAAUGAGUAUAUAUCUUGUGCAAGUUUUUGUUCCAAUAUACGAUACUUUGUACUAAACAGAUAUUACCUAAAUUGACAAAGCGGAUGUGAAAAAA